AUGAGCCAAGUUACCGUCACCAACGGGCCUGCUACGCCCCCUGUUCAGCCCACUAGACUGUUCAGGAGUCCUGUUGCAAGCCUUAGUUCGAAGGGGGCGAACGAGCUGGAGAAUUCUGAGGAAAACAGCUUGAAAGAAUUGACAGAGUAUGUUUUUGCAACUAUGGAGAAAGAGUUUUGCUUCGAUGUUGUCAACAAGCCUGGUCGGAAGACAGUCUGCACUUGCCUCCACGAUCUAGGAGAGCAGAUCAAUGAUGAUGAGGUUGAUGACUGCGCAAAGGCUCUGUUUCUGUUCUGCAAGUUGGAAUUCGCAGAAAGGAAGCGAAUUGUCAAAGAAUGGAUUCGGUCGGGCCUUGCUGCUCAACUCAUGUUCCAAGGACAACAAAGGGAAACUUCAACCAGAGUCUUCCUAUUUCCUGGAUCCACCACUCGCUUAAUCUGCAGGAAUGCCCUGUGCCAGCUCAUUGGAUAUGGAAAGAAGAGUUGGAAAUCCAUCGUGGAGCUUGUCAAAUCAGGAAACGAUCCAGUUCAUGGACUGAAGGGGAAGACAGGGAACAAGCUGAAUGCCAAGUCGCAAGGCCUAAUGCAUGAGUUCUUUAAAGACAUGCAACAAUACGCCCUCCCUCGAGCCACCAAAAUAGUAAGGACACAGAUGGUGGAUGGAGUCAACACUUUGGUGGAACUUCGAGAAGAAGAAAAGGACACAAUUGAAUUGCCCUCUUCCAUGACGAAGCGUGGACUGUACAAUAGAUUCAUAGGUGGACUGGGAUGGAAGAUUCAGUGGGACAACAAAGGCCGACUCUUGAAAAAGACUGAGAUGGGCGAAGAACAGAAACAUCCUGCAAGGCAGGAGAAGACUCUGAUGAUGAGGAUGCCUUUGAGACGGCUCUGA